UAAGAUUGUGUUUCGUUUGAGGCAUUGAGAGAGGCAUAAUCAAUUUGAUAUUAUUUAAACACACUCUUUAAGUACCCUGUGUAGAAUCAUAUUAUAAAAACAAUAUGGAAAACCCUACACAAAAUAAAGACAAUAAUAACGAACGUAUUGUAGCAUUUGUCAAAGAACACAAAGUGCUCUACGAUAAAAGUAUGAGAGCAUAUAAAAAUAACAACAUAAGAAAUAAGUUGUGGGAUCAACUUGCAUCUACACUCAAUAUGGAUGUAAAAUCAAUAACUACGCGAUGGAGAUCCUUGAGGGAUCGUUACGUGAAAGAGAUGAAAAUAGCGGACCUACAUCAUAGAUCAGGAGCAGAAGCCAUUGACGAGGAUGUAGAACAGUGGGAACUUAUGGAACAUAUGUCUUUUCUAAAAGAUCAUGUUUGCCCUAGGAAAACAACGUCUAAUUAUGUUGAUACUAAUGCCGCAAGCUCAAGUCAGCAUACUGAUUUUCAUGAAAUGGUCGAAGAACAUUUGGAGGAACAACAACAGACUACAGAAGCUCCUUUGCAAACACCUUCAUCUACGAGGAAGCGUAAAGCAGACCAUAAAAUGUCUUCAUUAUUAGACAGAUAUAUUGCGAAUGCCGAUGGAAAGCACACAGCAUUCGGUCAACUUGUAGCACACAAGUUGUCAUACUUUUCAACAGAAAUUGCAAACAGAGUGGAAGCGCAAAUAUUAAAUGUCAUUUACCUACUCUGCUACUGA